CGUCUGACUCUGCAGCCCCUGAUUGGCUCACGCCGCCGAGAUCCAAUCGUAUCCACGCGGGGAACCAGCAGCUCCAACAGCUCCAGAGGGCAGACCGAUAACACUUUCUUUUGAUAUAAAUCUGGUUGCCCCGCGUUCUUGUAUCUCUUUUCCACGAUAUCUCUUCACUGUCUCACUGGAAUUUCGGGCCUCACUUGGGAUUGAUUUGAUUUUCUUGCAUUGGAUACAGCCUGUCCAACCCGCCCUUCCCCGCACGAGAGUCAAUUGACCUCAUUGCUUUUUGAAAUUCCUCUGAACAUCAAACAAUUCACAAUGGCCUCCGCUCUCCGAUACGGCGCCAAGAUGCGCAUGGCGACUCGUGUCCCUGCUCGUGCUCUCUCGACCACUGCUCGCCUCAGUGCGGCCGAGAAGCCAUUCUUCCCCAACGAGCCCGCUGCCCCCGUGGUCUCGACCGCCAUUCCUGGCCCCAAGAACCAGGCUGCCACCGCUGAGCUCGAUAAGGUGUUUGAUGUGCGCAGCAUCAACAUGCUGGCUGACUACAACAAGUCUGUUGGUAACUACAUUUUCGACCUUGAUGGCAACAAGCUGCUCGAUGUCUACGCCCAGAUUGCUUCCAUCCCCGUUGGAUACAACAACCCCCACCUCGCUGAGGUUGCUAAGUCGCCCGAGAUGGCCAGCGCCCUGAUCAACCGUCCGGCUCUGGGUAACUUCCCCUCCUCCGAGUGGGCUCACAUCCUGGAGACCGGUGCCCUUCGGGCUGCUCCCAAGGGCCUGAACCAGGUCUUCACUGCCAUGGCUGGUUCUGAUGCCAACGAGACCGCCUACAAGGCCGCUUUCAUGUACUACCGCCAGCUGCAGCGUGGUGGUCCCGAAGUUGAGUUCACCGAGGAGGAGCUCCUGUCCACCAUGAACAACCAGGGCCCCGGUUCUCCCCAGCUUUCUAUCCUGUCCUUCAAGCAUGCCUUCCACGGCCGUCUCUUCGGCUCCCUCUCCACCACCCGCAGCAAGGCAAUCCACAAGAUGGAUAUCCCUGCCUUCGACUGGCCCCAGGCUACCUUCCCCAUGCUGAAGUACCCUCUUGAGGACCACGUCCAGGAGAACGCCCAGGAGGAGCAGCGCUGCCUCCAGGAGGUUGAGCGCCUGAUCAAGGAGUACCACAACCCCGUUGCUGCCGUCAUGGUCGAGCCCAUCCAGUCCGAGGGUGGUGACAACCACGCCUCCCCCGCUUUCUUCCAGGGUCUGCGCGACAUCACCAAGCGCACCAACGUCCUCUUCAUCGUUGACGAGGUGCAGACCGGUAUUGGUGCCACCGGUAAGUUCUGGGCCCACGACCACUGGAACCUGGAUACUCCUCCCGACAUGGUCACCUUCUCCAAGAAGGCCCAGACUGCCGGUUACUACUUCGGCAACCCUGCCCUGCGCCCCAACAAGCCUUACCGUCAAUUCAACACCUGGAUGGGUGACCCAGCCCGUGCCCUGAUCUUCCGCGGUAUCAUUGAAGAGGUUGAGCGUCUCGGCCUGGUCGAGCACACCCGCAUCACCGGUGAAUACCUGUACGCUGGUCUUGAGCGCCUUGCCCAGAAGUACCCCGAGCACUUCCAGAACCUCCGUGGUAAGGGCCAGGGUACCUUCAUUGCCUGGGACACUCCCAAGCGUGACCAGUUCUUGGUCAAGGCCAAGUCCGUUGGUGUCAACAUUGGUGGCAGCGGUGCUAACGCCGUUCGUCUGCGUCCCAUGCUGGUCUUCCAGCAGCACCACGCUGACAUCCUCCUGGAGAGCAUCGAGAAGAUCAUCAAGCUCCUCUAAGUUCGGACAACAUCAGAUUGGAUUGUCAAAACGGUUUCCUUUUUUAUCGGAUUUAAUUAGCGACUUUUCCUUUUAUAUUUCUUUGUUUCUGCCUUGUUACGAGUGAUGCCAUCUUGGAAUGGGCCAUGUACAUUCAAUAGACAUACUUCAUGUCACAAUCAAAAUCGAAUGAUUCCACUGUGAUCUGAAAUCUUCAUAUAGCUUAUUUGAACUCCUGCUAGCAUGUCUUGUAACCAUAUGCCCAGAAAGAUAUAAGCAGCGCAAUGCUUCCAACUCCAACUCCGAUAAAACAAUAGUAUAAAAGAGAAUGUACAAAUCUC